GUCUAACUUAUAUAACAAAGUUCCCAAACGUUAUAAUAUUUGCUCAUUUACUCCCCUCUAAAUUGCAAGAAAAGUAAAACCCACAAAUUAUACCAGCAAAAACAUAGACAAAGUUCAAGAAUUAAAUCAAUCAAAAACAAGCAUCAUGUCAUGGCAAGCGUACGUAGAUGAUCAUCUGAUGUGCGACAUCGAAGGCAACCACCUCACCUCCGCUGCAAUCGUCGGUCAUGAUGGCAACGUUUGGGCUCAAAGCCCCUCUUUUCCACAGCUCAAGCCUGGUGAGGUAGCAGCCAUCAUGAAGGACUUCGAAGAACCUGGAACACUCGCUCCUACUGGCUUACACCUUGGCGGCACAAAGUAUAUGGUGAUCCAAGGCGAACCUGGAUCAGUGAUCAGAGGAAAGAAGGGACCUGGAGGUGUUACCGUCAACAAAACCAACCAAGCUUUGAUAAUCGGAAUUUAUGACGAGCCCAUGACUCCUGGACAAUGCAAUAUGGUUGUAGAAAGGAUUGGUGAUUAUCUGGUUGAGCAGGGUCUUUAGUUUAGAAAUAAAGGUACAUUCUCCUAGUUACUGGACGAUCUAGUUAUUGCGGAUUUGGAGGAAGAGGAUAUGGAGAUACAGUUUUCCGAUUUUUCUUAAGAAUAAGAAAAACUUCAUCUCCCUUCUUUCUUGUAUGUGCAGUGAAAUUAUACAACGAUUGCAUAGGUUAUACAGUUGUGUGCAAAAGUUUGAGGCUUGGGUUUCUUCAACCUGUCUUCUGUGGACAUCUUUCUCGUGAAGUUUUAUUGUGGUCUAAAAGAAUAAGAGUUAUGAAUACUUUUGGUAGAAUGUAUGUUGAUUUCGAAAUGGAUUUAUGAUUGAGAAUGACAGAAUGUGUUAUUAAGCACAGGAUGGUACUUGGAUGUAUGUAAUAUUGUAGUACUGCUAUUUUUUAUUUUUUUUA